CGUGUACGGUGUGUCAGUUUAGUGUUGUCAAAUUUAGAGCAAGUGCUGCUACUGCAUAUUAUAUAUAUACGACCUGUGGAAUUUACCGCGUUGAAGUGUUUUAAGGAGAUUAAUUCAUAACCAGCGUUUCGAAAAAAUGUUUCCCAAGGAUUCCGCUUCCGUGGACGCCAAGACGACCCAGAAUCCCUCGCAGUACAUGGAGGAGGUGACGGUGACCACUACCGGCAACGUCCAGCCUGGACAGCCCAUGUUCUACACCCAGCAACCCGGCAAGGAAGACAUGCCGCCACAACGGGGUGGAUGCGGGUUCAGCUUGGGCGAAUCAUGUCCGUGUUGUCCGGCCAGCUGCGGUUUUAGCUGCUGUUGAUAUCGUCUACCGGGUGUACGGAAUUGCUGUCGGUUAAUUUCGGCCAAAUUACUGGAUGUGUCCACAUUGAUACUCAUAUAACUAAAUCGCUUUAUUGAAUUUAUUCAAAAUUUAAUAUUGUUAGUCUGUUAUUGUUAUUAAUGUAAAUUCCCUAACAGUUUUAUUUUUCCAUGUCUCGUACUGCCGUCCUUGGGAAUCUGUUUGGGAAAUCAGUGCAGCUACUUUCUGUAUGUUCUUUUUUGUACAUUUCACGUGAUGGUAAACGUCCGUUUAUAUGAUUAUUUCUUAGAAUUAAACUGGAAGACCAGA